AUGGUUACGGUCAAAAAAGAUUUUUCUCUUCAGAGUUCUAGGACUGAUGAUUUCUGGUCAAAAUUUCAUAGUCUGCAUAACCUGAUUCAAGAGGAGAGUGAAAAUAUUGGUCUUUCUGAUAAGUUCAGUCUAAUUCUCGGGGAACUAGAACAACUGCAUCAAUUAGCUACGACUCCAAGACAACAGGUAAUCGAUGCUAAAGUUCUGUCGGAUUUUGUUUGUAAACUAUCUUUAUCUAUCAAGACUUUCAGGAACAAAACUAGUCCUACUGAUUUCAUAACGUGUAUGCUUCACAAAUACGGUGAAAAGAAUAACUCAAAUCAAUCCAGAUCAUUGAAGUGGAAAGAAAUUGGUAAAGAUAUAUGUGAUAUAUUCGGUCACGUGUCUUUAUGUUCUAUUACCAUGGUUGUUGAACCAAAUAAGAAGAGGAUGGUUUCGAAGAAACGUAUGAAAUCCAUAAUGGAAGUUGACUAUCCAGAAGAUCUUGACGGCAGCGCAUUAGUGGAGAAGACAGAAACUAUUAAGAAUAUUCAUACUAUGUUUGAGGUUUUGAAGACGAGGAAGAAAUCGGUUAAGUUCGAAAAUGUUAUUCUGAACAAAAAUUCGUUUGGGCAGACAACAAAAAAUUUAUUUGCGCUUUCUUUUUUGGUAAGCAUGGGUAGAGCUGAAAUUAAAGGAGAUGAUGAUGGUCAUCUGGUGGUCUCGUUAAGAAAUGCACCAAACUCAAAUUUAAUAAAAUGCAGGGAAGUUCAGUGCAAGCAUUUUAUACAUGUGCUUGGUUACGAGGACUGGAAUAUGAUGAAAGAUUUAGUUGGUGUUGGGGAUGAGGUUAUGCCACAUCGCAACUCAGAUAACAUCGAAGGUGACCUCUCUGCUGAGAAACUGUGUAUUGAGGUUACUGUAGCUGGAAAGAUUGCUUACAUCUCUGAGGAGCUGUGUAUUGGAUGUGGUAUCUGUGUCAAGGUACUGCUAUUAGUUGCAGCUGCAGUUAUUGGAUCUGGUGGCAGUAAUGUAGUUAAUGGGUAG